GCUAUGGAGUAUCUCCUUUUGAAUGACAACUCUUGAGUCUUUACAAUGAGGCUCCGAGAUUAUUGAGAAGGAUAUGGAAGAUGCCCUUGGCAUGCAGCUGCCUACAUGGGUUUGCAGCAAUAGUAAUUUACUUGUCAUAUACAGUCAAAGCCCCACAUGCGUAUCGCAGUGAUCGUCGAGCAUGAUGCUGACAGCGUUUCUCAAAGGGAUAAACUGAAGUCGCACGACAUUCGGUCAAGACCCGAGAGAGUGACUCCCGGACCCCACUGCAAUCACGUCGAGAUUGCCUGUUUACUCAACAACACGUGAUCAUGGGUCAGAUGCGAGAGACGGCAGGUAAUGACGGAAAGCAAGUAUCUAGAGUCUGCAUUGUCUCUGUGUUCACAUCGUGUAGAUUCUUGACAUCUCAUCAUUCUUAUCUUCAUUUUCAACAUUACCUCUCACUCUCGCAAGCAUGCGGCCAACCUUCCUCUCCUUCCUUCUCCUCGCCCGCCAUGUCACAAGCCAACCCCCCUUCUUCAACAUAACCAUACCCCCCAUGCUCCGUUUUCAGUGCUCACAACUCGUCGUCGAGCGCCUCGACCCCCUCGUCUCCCCCUCCCUAAUCCCCUCUCCGCACCUCCACCAGAUCGUCGGCGGAAACUCCUUCACAGCCUCCAUGCCCUCGUCGCACGACCUCGUCACCGCUUCCACAUGUACAAGCUGCACUUUCUCUGAGGACUUCUCAAACUACUGGACCGCUGUCUUGUACUUCCGGGCUCGCAAUGGCACCUAUAAAAGGGUACCGCAGUCUGUCAGCGAGGGGCUAAAAGGAGUGGGAGGGAUCACUGUGUACUAUACGCCUGACACGCAGAAUCAAACUGGCGUUACGGCUUUCCGACCGGGGUUUCGCAUGUUAGUAGGCGACGCGACGGCGACGUCGAGAUCCUCCGCACGCAAAGUAUGUUAUAGAUGCAUGCCGGAAACAGGCGAUCACAUGCAUCUCAACUGUGCGGCGCCAGAUGCACAGACACUCCCCACGGGUUUCUGCCCCGGCGGUAUACGCUCUGUCAUCACCUUCCCAACCUGUUGGGACGGGGUGAACCUCGAUUCGCCGGAUCACCAGAGCCACGUAGCGUAUGCGAAUGGUGCGGGUGAUUACGACGUCGGGCCUACGGGGACAUGUCCUGAGUCACAUCCGGUGGCUAUACCGCAAGUUAUGUAUGAGGUUAUGUGGGACACGAGGGGGUUUAAUGAUGCGGGAUUGUGGCCGGAGGAUGGGAGCCAGCCUUUCGUGCUUAGUACGGGGGAUCGGAAUGGGUUCUCACAGCAUGGAGACUACGUGUUUGGCUGGAAAGACGACUCGCUUCAGCGUGCUAUGAAUGCGCGCUGUAUGGGUGAUGUGUGUUCGGUGUUGGACUCUCAGACUACUGAGGAGGCGAUCAAGUGUACUAUUCCGCGGACUGUUGAUGAGGAUGUUGAUGGAUGGUUGUCUGAACUUCCUGGAGGUCUUAUGAAGGUUUGAACAACUGUCAAUGUGCAUAAUUUGAUGCAUUAUAAAAACUUCAUGAACGCAUUUUCGACACCAGGGGUGGCUAAAAUUGGUGUCGCAUUCUUGAAAAUGUCAUUAAGGUUGGAGUACACAUCGUCU